AGUGGUUUUACAGAAUAUCUUCAAACUGGUCCUGACUAUGAUUUUCCAUCAUAUCGUGAACUUGUACACAAUGUAACUCAGACAUUUAAUAACAUAUCAAAUGAAGUCAUUGACAUUGAAACAAAACUGAGGGAAAGUGGACAGAGUGCCAUAAGUGAAGUCAUCAGAAAAAUACAGCUGAAAGAAAAAGAAAAAUUAGAGUUGGUAAGUUUUUAAAGUAGUUUUUAAGAGCCUCUGGGAGCAGCUGAGAAGGUAGCCAAGGAUGGCAGCAUUAGAGUCCUGAAAAACUGCAAGAACAAAUUUGACUUCCUCAUUAAUGAAACGCUUUACAUCAAACAAUUUAGACCACCUCUGCAGGUGAAACAAAUUCAAUCGGUGCUAAGGUCUCUGUUUAGCUGUUUUCGUUCAUGCAAAUUUAGAGUACUUUAACUCCUUUUGAAACUUGUAUUUUUAUUUGUAUUCCUUGAUAAUGGCGUCAUGAUGUCGCCGAAACAUUGAAACACUAUCUCAUUACCUUAUACUUGUUUGUGUUUCUCAAAAUUGUUAUUAAUUAAAGUUAUAUGAGAAAUGGUGAACAACAUUUUAAAAGUGGACUUUAUUUUGACUUAAACUGAGUAGUCUUUCAACCCAUUCACAGAGCUGAAAUGAUCAUAAUUCACCUCCUCUCUGAUUACCUGCCACCUUUGAGCCUCUGUAGCACUGUAGGACACUUUCUGAAAUUAUGUUCGAGAUCGAGAUUAGUUAAUAACAACAUUGGAAAUUUGCAUAAUUUUAUUUUUUAAUAUCAUAUUUUUCGCAUUUCAUUUUAAUAACUCUCUGGUAUCCAGACAGCAAAGUUGCAGAUUGCAGAGCAAAGUGCUGAUAUUGAUACAUCAGAUGAGGACAAGGUUGAAGAGGUUACUACCCUAAAAACAAGGUAAUAAAAGAUAAAUGUUUUAUCACAUAAUGCCAAAUAUAACGUCGUGUGCAUGAUACCUUGAAAGACAAAUCAUAGCCAUCAACUAUCGACACAGUUGAUAAAAUGAAACUUUUGCUUUCAGUUUACAGAAACUCAUGGAAAUGAUUUUUGAACUUCUGGAUGAACUGAAAUAUGAGGCUGAAGACAUUUUAUUGGAAGAAACAUAA